AAAACACAGAAGGAGCAGAAAAGCUGUUUACAGCCACGAAAUGGAGCCAGAGCGGUCCCGGGCCGUGCGCGAGCCGCUCCUGCUGACCGGACUCACGCUGUGUGCGCUUCUGGUCACACAGCCGGCGGCGGCCAUCGUCAUCCACGCCGACUCGGAGGUGGUGGUGGAGAACGGCACCACCGGCGUCCUGCGCUGCUCCUUCCGGUCCAGCGAGGUGGUGAGCGGCGCCGCCUCCGUCACCUGGAGGUUCCAGUCCAGCGACCCGGACAGCCCCUACCACAAAGCCCCCUACAGCAUCUUCCACUUCCUGGCUGGGCGGGGCUACCCGGGCCCCGAGGAGUUCAAAGGUCGAGUGCAGUUCAUCGGGGACAUCAACAAGAAGGACGUGUCCAUCCAGCUGAGUCCCACGCAGUUCAGCGACAACGGAACCUACUUCUGCGACGUCAAGAACCCGCCUGACAUCGAGGGAACGCAGGCCCGCACCGAGCUGAGGAUCGUCCUCAAAGAGUCUCUUCCUCAGGCCAACACUGCCGUCAUCGUCGGCGCCGUCACCGGCGUCUUGGCUCUGCUGGUUCUCAUCGUGGUCGUCGCCUGUGUCGUCAUGAGGGUGAUGCACAACCGCCACGACUACGAGGGCUGCACAUCUCUGGAGAGCGAGAGCUCCGGAGCGCCGCCGCCCAGAAAGAAGGCGGAGUCCGGCCGGGAGGGCUCCAGGGGCAGCGGCCCCUCGGGCCCACUGCAGGGCCCGGUGAUCUACGCCCAGCUGGACCACUCGGGCAGUAAAAGCUCCUUCCACAAGGUGGAGCCGGUCGUCUACGCCGACAUCCGAAAGAACUGAGGAGGAACCGGAGGACCGACCAGAGAAGAAGAAAGAGAACCCCGGACUCAGACCCAGAACCGUACCAGACUCCCCCGCUGCUCCGGGGAACGUGGACCCGAACCGGGACUCCGUGUUCCUCCUCUGUCUCUGAAAGCAUGCCUGUUCCCGGUGACCUGCUGACCCCGGGCCUGAGCUCCUCUAUCAUUCCAGACCUUUGACCUUUGACCUUCACUUAACCCCGGCGCCGCGCGGUCCGCCGGCGGCACCGGGUUCUGCAGGCUGUUGCACCGCCGCCCCCCUCCCAGCAUGCAAUGCUUCCCCCCAGACGUCCGGCUCCGGUCCGGCCGGUGCGCCCCCCGGUGGUGAGACGGAGAACGUGGAACCCAACAUUCCAACCCGCCGAAGCGUCCGGAGAACCGAGGACCGCGUUCCCCGCCGCCGCUUCAGAGACGCUUGACGAGAAAUCAAGGGUUGAAACGCUCGCCGCCUGUGGCCACGCCCACCGCCCAUGACCACGCCCGCCUGCCUGCGGGGUCCGGUGCAACAGCCUGAGGCCCCGGCCGCUCGUCUCCACGGCGACCGUGUCCCUGCAUGCCGUCGGUGCUGCUCUGCCCGCUCUUGCCAAAGGGGGCGUGGCCUUCCCGUCAAGUCCUUGCUCGCCGUCGUGGUUCCUUCAGCCUCUCCGUCUCUUCCUCUCCUCAGCUGAACGUCUGCAGCUCGUUCUGUUGCUCUUCGCCGCCGGCGCCGCCGUCAGGAACCGACUCGCCGCUGUCGUCGUUCGCUUCGGUUCCGAUCAGUGUGUGCCUGGUUCUUAUGGGAGGUUCUGCUGAGGUGGGGAUUCACUUUAAACGUUCAGUCCUGCUCACGGCUCCUCAGCCCCGAUGGCGUGCUAGCCCGCUAGCUGCUAGCAUGGCGGGGGUCCGUGGCUGGCUCAGCGCCGCCCCCUGGAGGAGCGUGACGUUCUGCACCUUUAAAGCCCGGCGGAGGCUUUAAACUGUAAAUCCGCCGUUAGCAUGCCGGCUACUAGCUUCCAGCGCUACGACCACGAUUUCCGUCCUUUAGCUUCUGAACCUGUGUCUUCAAGGAUGGAAGGAUUUUUUUUUUUCCAAAGAAAAUGGGCCAAAUAUCAGACUCUGUGUUUCCGAUGCUUUGAGCGAAGCUUUAAAUCAUUCCAGUCUUUGUUUUUUUUUCUGUCUUGAAGCCUUUAAAAUACGCCGAACUCUCCGCGGCAGAAUGUGGCCGCCGCCGUCUGUGUACAUAGGUAUAUAUCUGAGGCCCCGCCCCCUCUGACACGUCGUGCUGUUUACUGUAACUCAUUCCAGCCUGGUUUGGAGAAGUCUGGACGGGAGGCGGGGCUUCGCCGGGCGCCGCCGCCUCCGUCGUUUGGUCUUGCAGUGCCUGAUGGGAAAUCAUGAAAUCCUCUUUAAGAGCCCGAUUUAAACAGAUUAUGACUUUGGGUUAGCGUGCUAACCAGCUAGCGCCGCUGAAACAGUAAAUACUCCAAAUUCUGUGAAGCGCAUUGAAUUGACUGGAGAGGAAGACAUUCCACCUGUACACUGGUGUGUGUGUGUGUGUGUGUGUGUGUGUGUGUGUGUGUGUGUGUGUGUGUGUGUGUGUGUGUGUGUGUGUGUGUGUGUGUGUGUGUGUGUGUGUGUGUGCGCGUGCGCGUGCGCGUGCGCGUGCGCGUGCGUGGAACUGAGAAACGAACUCCAGUUAUGCCGAAUGUCAGAAGCCAGAAAUCCGAGCUGCACCUGAACGCACCACGAGCAGGUUUCCUCCUGAUGCUGCCCCCUGCUGGGCCCCAGUGGAACAACCCAAACUCCACAUUUAGAAGUAAAACUCGCAGGUCUCACCCUGAACCGUCUCUGACGCGGUGCCAGGUUUCCCGGCGCGGCGCGGUCUUCUCGGGAGGACGCCGUCCGUCCUGCCUCUCCACGUUGAGACGCGGCGCUUCCUGCAGACCGGAGGACUGAGAACGUCUCUCUGUCCAGACGCUCAGCCUCCCGUUCCUCACACUCCACAUCCUCCAUUUGUUCUCGGUUCCUUCACCGAAAAAGAACUCAGAGGCAGACGGAAGGCGGAACGGCCAGCUGACCAUUUUAAUGUAAAGAUAUUUAUUUAUUUGUUUGCGUCCAGAACCGGAGGACAAACCGUCAAACCGUCAGGUCUCCGAGUUUCCAGCUGAUCGUAGAUCUGACCAAGCGCUGGCGGCUUUUCUACAGAUAUCAGCAGCAGAAUGCCGAACUCUCCUCAUAUCUGGAGAAAAGCUGUGAAUCAGGAGAACAGGAAGUGCCCACUUCAGCUGGGCUGAUGCUAAUGCUAAUGCUAACGUCAGCAUUAUAUCAGGAUCUCUCGUAACUCCAGCCGCUCAAAGAUUCUUUUUUAUCACAGAAUGUCAGCAGUUAAUCGUCGUGUUUAAAAUUAACUUAUUUUGCAUUUUGAGGCCGUUUCACACUGGGCUCACCCUGGAUGUGGUCUGGAUGUGGUCCGGCCCCGGUCCGGCUCUGGUCCGGCUCUGGUCCGGCUCCGGCAGCGCUCCGGAGCCCACCUGGCACUCCGAAAACUUUCCGCUAGCAUCCUGUUGUUCCGGACGCCGGAGCGCUGCCGCAUCAAUCCAGACAGAAGCAAGUCCGGCACCGGAAGGAAACUCAAUACGUUUUCCAAAAUAAGUGAUUUCAAAAUAAAAUCUGUCGUGUUUUUGCCUUAAUAUUCUAUUUUUUAAAUUUCUUCUGGUAGAAAACAGAACAAACGUGAUGUGGUCGUUAUACGCGUUAGAAGAAUGAACGCUUUGUUCUUCGUCACUUCAGGAAACCGCUCCAUGACCGGAGCGGCUCUGUGUUGCCGGAUUUGGGGUUUCUGCCAGAUCAGGGUUCUGCUGAGCUCGUCGGGCGGGUUGAUGAAAUGGUUCUGAGCUUGUGGCGUGAUUCUGUCAUGCAGAUCCGGUUUUAACGAGCAUUUCCCCCCGAGCCGGAGGUUUGGGCUGAAAGGGCGGCAGAUCUGGCAACCUCCUCCGGCGGACCACAGACCGCCGAGGCGGCGGGAGUGACAGUGCUGCGGUGAUUCUGGACCGGAGCCGGACCGGGUCCAGGGUGAGCCCGGCGUUCAGCUCCAAGUGUAAAACAUUUCACCAGAGCCUGAAAAGAAAGAACAGGAAGUGAUCUGAAGCUCUGGAGAGACUUGAACUGUAGGACAAGACGGGACCGUCCAGAAACUAGAACAGUCCAGAACACAGAACAGUCCAGAACAGUCCAGAACACAGAACAGUCCAGAACACAGAACAGUCCAGAACGUAGAGGGAACACUCCAGAAAGGAGAUCUGGAAUGGUUCCAAGCUUGAAACGAAGGAUCUGGUCCUCAUGAGUCACCAGAAACAAAGUCCCAUAAUGCACCUGUGCUGCAGGGCCCUAAUGACAGUGAACCAAACUGAAGUCCUGGACUUGAGUCUGAGUUCCUGGUCCCUCUCCUGGUUCUCCUGGUUCUUGUCGUUGACCCGGUUCUGAUCCGGCUCUGGACUGUGAUUAAUCUCCGCUCGCAGCCCAACAGGAAUUAAUCAGAUUAACGGUUUUGGACAGAAACUGUUUUCUGUUCGCUGUUGUAGCAGCGUCAGUCUGGUUCCUGUCCAGUUCUCUGGUUCUGACCGGUCUCGGUUCCUCGUGCAGGCACUGCUCUCUUUUCCAAAGUUUCUCCCUCCCUGGUUCCUCCUGUUCUUCCCUGGCCCUCCUGGUCCCCCCCUAGUCCUCCUGGUUUCUCCUGGUACUCCUGGUCUCUCCCAGUCCCUCCUGGUCCCUCCCAGUCCCUCCUGGUCCCUCCUGGUCCCUCCUGGUCUCUCUCCUGGUCCUCCUGGUCUCUCUCCUGGUCCUCCUGGUCCCUCCCGGUCUCUCUCCUGGUCUCUCCUGGUCUCUCCUGGUCCCUCCCGAUCCCUCCUGAUCCCUCCUGGUCGUCCCGGUCUCUCCUGGUCUCUCCUGGUCCUCCCGGUCUCUCCCGGUCCCUCCUGGUCUCUCCUGGUCUCGGUGUUUCUUGCUGUUGUAGACUUCCUGCUGUCCGGCUCUCGGUGAUGCGGCGGCGUUUUGCACUGCUGCUCCGUCUCCAUGGUAACGUGGUCCUGGGCUCCUGGGUGGGAGGGUUGUGUUGUUGUUGUGUUGUUGUGAAUUCUGCACUACGUCUGUGGCUGUUGGACCGACGCCGAGUCUGGUGUUGGUCUCCGAUCCUCCGCCUGAAACUGGAAUGUUGUACAUUUAGUGCCUUUUGACAUUUCACCGCGACAGAAACAGAUUCUUUUAUUUUCCUUUUAUCGUUUGUAUUUUUUUAUACACAUCGCUUCUGUAUCCACUGUUCCAGUUUUAUAUAAAACCUAUUUCUGGCCAAUCA